UGCCGCAGUGUCCCUCACGCUGUGCUUUGCUGCGGUCGUGGGAGUCAUAGGAGGGACUCAGGGAAACCUAGAAAUGGAUUCAGUGACCUUUGAGGAUGUGAGUGUGAAGUUCACCACAGAGGAGUGGGCUCUGCUGGAUCUAUCCCAGAAGAAACUCUACAGAGAUGUGAUGCAGGAAACCUUUAAGAACUUGACCUCAAUAGGAGAAAAAUGGGAAGACCCUGAUACUGAAGAUCAGUAUGCAAAUCAUGGGACAAAUCUAAGCAGUCAUAUGGUAGAGAGACUCUGUAAAAAUAAAGAAGGUAGUCAGUAUGGGGAAACAUUUAGCCAAAUUUCAAAUCAUAAUCAGAAAAAGAAAACUGGAAUAAAACUAUGUGAAUUCAGUGUAUGUGGACGAGUCUUCAUGCGUGAUUCAUCCUUUAAUAGGCACAUGACAUCUCGCACUACACCCAAACCACGUGAGUAUCAGGAAUAUGAGGAGAAGCCAUAUAAAUGCAAGGAAUGUGGGAAAGCCUUCAAGCAUCGUCAAUCCAGACAUACUCAUGAGAAGAUUCACACUGGGGAGAAACCCUAUGAUUGUAAGAAAUGUGGGAAGUCCUUCAAGCUUCGCCAGUCUAUUCGAAGGCAUGAAAGGAUUCACACUGGAGAGAAGCCCUAUGAGUGUAAAAGAUGUGGAAAAGCCUUCAGAUAUCACCACAACUUUCAAAAACAUGAACGAACUCAUACUGGAGAGAAACCCUAUAGAUGUAAGCACUGUGGUAAAGCCCUCAGUUCUCUCAGAUACUGUCGAAUUCAUGAAAUAACGCACACUGGAGAGAAACCUUAUAAAUGUAAGCAAUGUGGUAAAGCUUUCAAUUGUCCUAGUUACUUUAUAAAACAUGAGAGAACUCAUAGUGGAUUGAAACCAUAUGAAUGCAAGCAGUGUGGUAAAGCCUUCAGUUGUGCCAGUUACAUUCGAAGACAUGAAAGGACACAUACGGGAGAAAAGCCCUAUGAAUGUAAAAAAUGUGGUAAAACCUUUAGUUGUUCAAGUUCCUUUCGAAAGCAUGAGAGAACUCAUACUGGAGAGAAACCCUAUGAAUGUAAGCAAUGUGGUAAAGCCUUCAGUUAUUCCAGAUCCUUUCGAAGUCAUGAAAGGAGACACAGUGGAGAAAAGCCCUAUAAAUGUAAAAAUUGUGGUAAAGCUUUCAGUUGUCCAAAUUCCUGUCGAAAACAUGAGAGGACUCAUUCUGGACAGAAACCCUAUGUAUGUAAGGAAUGUGGGAAAGCCUUCAGUUCUCUUGCCAAAUUUCAAAGACACAUGAUGAAGCAUACUGGAGAUGGACCUUAUAAAUGUAAAGACUGUGGGAAAGUCUUUGAUUGUCCCAAUUACUUUCGUUGUCAUGAAAGGACUCACAGUGGAGAAAAGCCAUAUAAGUGUAAGGAAUGUGGUAAGGCCUUCAGUUUUCUAUGUUGUCGUCAAAUACAUGAAAAAAGUCAUACUGGGGAGAGGCCCUAUGAAUGUAAGCAAUGUGGUAAAGCCUUCACUUAUCUCAGUUCCAUUCGAAAACACAAAAGAACUCAUACUGGAGAGAAACCCUAUGAAUGUAAGGAAUGUGGAAAGGCCUUUAUUUAUCCCUCAAAUGUUCAAAGACACUUGAUAACGCAUACUGGUGAUGGACCUUGCAAAUGUAAGGAUUGUGGGAAAGGCUUUGAUUGUCCUAGUUCUUUACAAGCACAUAAAAACACUCACACUGGAGAGAAACCCUAUCAAUGUAAAACUUGUAGUAAAGCCUUCAGUUGUCCCAGUUCUUUUCAAAACCAUGAAAAAACUCAUAAUGGAGAAUAGCACUACGAAUGUAAGGAAUGUGUGAAAGCCUUUAUUUGUCCCAGUUCAUUCCAGUUACAUAAAGGAGCUCACACUGGAGAGAAACCCUAUUUUUGCAAACAGUAUGGCAAAGCUUUCAGCACUCUCUGUUAUAUUCAGAUACAUGAAAGAACUUGUACUAGACAAACUGAAUGUAAGGAAUGUGGGAAAGCCUUCAUAUAUCACAUGUUUCCAAGGACACAUGAGAGUGCACACUAGAAACAGUAUAUAUGUAAGGAAUGUGGGAAAGCCCUCAGUCCCAUUUCCUUGGAAAGCCACGAAAGAACUUGCACUGGAGAGAAUUGUAUUGAAUGUAAACUAUGUAGGAAAACCUUCACCUGCCCCACAUCCUUACAAAACCAUGUGAAAAUGUACAUGUGAUAGAAACCUUGUAACUGAAAAAUAAGGGAGACUUUUCCAUUUUAACAAAUAUUUUCAAAGUCAUAUGAAAACUGCACUGGAAAGAAAUUAUCUCCAUGUAAGUACUAUGGGUAUGCUGUCUGAAAAUUCACAACAUGAAAGAAAUGUUAUAAAUUUUCUU